AUGACCCCCGACGAACCCAUCAAUUUCCACCACCCCUACACCCCCUACGAUGUCCAACUCGAUUUCAUGCGCACCGUCUAUGACAUCCUCCAAAAAGGCGACGGCCAAGUCGGCAUUCUCGAAAGCCCAACCGGCACCGGAAAAUCCCUCUCGCUCCUCUGCGCCUCCCUCACCUGGCUGCGCUCCCACAAACGGUCCCAGUACUCGGCCUCUUUUGAGGAGAUCGCAUCCACCAUGCGUGGCGAACCAGACUGGAUGGUGGAUGCUGCGCUGCGAAGGAAGAGGGAGGAACUUGCACGGAAGUGGGAGGAGAGGGAGGGGGGGUUGGAACGGGUGCGAUUGAAGGAACGGGAGUUGGAACGGGAACGGGAGAGGGAGAGGGAAUUGGGGAGAGGGGGUGGUCUUGGGGGGAGGGGGAAGAGGCUUAGGGUGGAUGGGGAAAGGAAAAAGGGGGAGGUGGAUGAGGAGAGGGAGUUUUUGGUUGGGGAUUGGGAGGGGGGUUCUGGUGGUGGUGGUGAUGGCGGGGGGGAGGAUGGGGAUGGGUUGAGUAGGGAGACGAGGGAGUUGAUGAGGAGGGUUGGGUUGGGGGGUGGGGGACAGAAGGAGGAGGAGGAGGAAGUUGGGGAGGAGGGGGGGAGGGAUGAGAUUAAGAUCUACUACACUUCUCGCACGCACUCGCAGUUGACGCAGUUCAUAUCCGAGUUACGGCGGCCUGCAUUUCCACCCUCCAUACCGACUGAAAUGGUAUCUAACGAAAACGAGGAGACACCAACGACGGAAACGGUCAAACAAAUCCCGUUAUCUUCCCGACAAAAACUCUGCAUCAACCCCUCCGUUGCGCGGUUAGGCUCAUUAUCAGCCAUCAAUGACCGCUGUACCGAACUCCAACAGUCCAAAACCAAAGACAAAUGCUCCUUCAUGCCCAACGCCGAGAACCUGAAGCAGACGCAUGAGUUCCGGGACACGGCGCUGGCAACGAUACCGGAUAUCGAAGACUUGCAUCGAAUUGGGAAGGAGCUGCAGGUUUGCCCGUAUUACGCCUCGAGGACAGUUAUCCCGGGAGCGGAGGUGGUCACGCUUCCUUACCCGUUGCUGCUGCAGAAAAGUGCAAGGGAUGCUCUCGGGAUUAAGCUGGAGGGGAAUGUGGUGAUUAUUGACGAGGCUCAUAAUAUUAUGGAUGCGGUUGCUAAUGUGUAUGCGGCGGAGAUCCGGUUGAGUGAGUUGAGGAGGGCCAGGCAGAUGCUGGGGACGUAUGUGAAGCGGUUUGGUAAGAAGCUGAAGGGGGAGAACCGUGUCUUGAUUGCGCAGCUGGGCAAGGUUGUGGAGUCGUUGAGCGAGUGUUUGAAUGCUUUGCUUGGUGUAAAGGGCGACCAAGGGAUCGUUGACUCAAACACGGUCCUAAAUGCCCGCGGGGCAGACCAAAUCAACUUGUACGACCUGAUCAAGUACAUUCAGGAAUCGAAACUGGCGUACAAGGUCGAGAGCUACGCCGCUCAUGUGGAAGAAGGACAGCAGGAUGCUUUGUCCUCUGACAGGAAAACAUCACCGUCGACACCGGUGCUGCAUACCCUCGUUUCGUUCAUGACAGCGCUCACCAAUCUGAGCGCCGAGGGCCGAAUAUUCUACGAAAAGAUCCCACCAACCGACAUCAAAUUAUCCUACCUUCUUCUAUCCCCCACUCACGCCUUCUCAUCUAUCGCCUCAGCAGCCAGGGCUGUGAUUCUCGCCGGCGGUACUAUGUCACCGUUUGACGACUACAAAGCCCACCUUUUCCCGACCUUUCCAUCAACUAAAAUCACCACCCUUAGCUGCGGGCACGUCAUUCCCGCCUCGAACCUCUUCGCCUGGACGCUCGCUUCCACAAAACCAACUACACAAGGCGCUGCAGCCUCUGAUACGAGCGCGGGAACAUUCGAGUUCAGUUUUCAAAGACGCAAAGACCCAGCCAUGAUCCAGCAACUCGGCCUCGUUCUCCUUAAUAUCUGCUCUGUCGUCCCCGACGGCGUGGUGGUUUUCUUCCCCAGCUACGGCUAUCUCGACGAGGUCGUCGCUGCUUGGCAAUCCGCUCCUUCAACCCAACCUGGCCAACAGCCCCCAGCUUCCAUAUGGGACCGCCUCGCUGUAAAGAAGCAUCUCUUCCGCGAGACCCGCGGUGGAGCCACAGAUGAGCUUCUGCAGGAGUACAGCAGCGCCAUUCUCUCUCCGCCUGAUGCCGAAAGCAGCAACAACGAUAAUUCCCAAACUAAUGGUACCAAUAACCCCCGCCGGCCCCCCCGCGGCGCCCUCCUCCUCAGCGUCGUGGGCGGCCGACUCUCCGAAGGCAUCAACUUCUCCGACCGUCUCGGCCGCUGUGUCGUUGUCGUCGGGCUACCCUACCCUAACAUCCACGCGCCUGACUGGAAAGCCCGACUGGAAUAUAUCGAGUCCACCACCUUCACAGCUCUCACUACCCCCUCAUCCGACAACGAUAGCAACACCACCACCAACAGCCCCAACCCUAACGCAGAGAAGCCUGUAAUAGACCCCCUCAACGCCCGCGCCCGCGAACAAGCCAAACAAGCCUCCCGCGCCUUCUACGAAAACGCCUGCAUGCGCGCCGUGAACCAGAGUAUCGGGCGAGCGAUCCGACACAAGGGGGACUAUGCGGCCGUGGUGUUGGUUGACCGGAGGUUUGCUGCAGAAAGGAUCAGGGGGAAACUACCGGGCUGGAUUAGAGAGGGGAUGGUGGAGGGGGCGGAGGGGAAGGGGGUCGGGGGGUUGAUGGGGGGGUUGGGGGGAUUUUUUCGGGGGAGGGGAAUGUUCGGAGGAGAACGGUGA